AUGACAGUUCCGACUAUUAGCACUUCUAGUUCUAAUGCUUCAGCCUUUUUCCAAAUCAAUAAUAUCCUUGAAAAUUAUAAUAAUGAACCAGUAUCGGAACCUAAUUAUCUUUUUGAUGAUGAAUUUGCAGACGUGGUAGAAAUAACAGAGCAUGAUGAUGAUGCUGAUACACUUAUAUACUGCAUGGACGAAGUAGAGAAAUUCAUUUCUAUGCAGUUUCAGAAUGCUGAAUCAUCUGAAGAACCUACAAAUUUUGCAUUCAAAAUUGAAUUAGAUCCAGGGCUUUUAGAUAGUGUUGCACUUAGCCAAGAUCUUGAAACGAAUCUAUUAGAUUUGGAGAGAAUCAAAAAUAUAGGACUAUUUGUAAAAGCAGUUGAUGAAUACAAAGAAGCUUUACAGGCCCAUAAACAGCAAG